AUGUUAUCGCAAUUAAACGAUAGACAAAUAGAUAAUGAUCUUUCUCGAAUAACAACUUCAGGAGAUUGUAAUCCAGGUACAUCUCAAUUACAAGAGCUUUAUGAAAUGCUCAAUAUCUUAUCAGGUGGUAUUGAAACAUUGAAUAAUGACCAAGAACGUCUAAGCCAGGAAUCACUUCAAAUUCAAAUAACAAUUCCAAAAUUGACAGGAGAAUUAUCAAAAGUAAAAUUAUCGAUUGAAGAAUCAAAUGCUUUUUUGGAAGCAGUGAAAUACAAUCAAGUCAUUCUCCAUCAAGAUUUAGCAUCAAUGCAGGAAAAAAUUGAUGAUCUUCGAUACGUUUCAUAUGAUGGAACAUUAGUAUGGAAAAUUACAAAAUUCAAAGAGAAAAUGAGUAAGUUGAACAAUUACACUUAA